GCGGCCCCGCGGAGCCCAGCGCACACCUGUGGGCUCGAUACCAAGACAUGCGGAGACUGGUGCACGACCUCCUGCCCCCUGAGGUCUGCAGUCUCCUGAACCCCGCGGCCAUCUAUGCCAACAACGAGAUCAGCCUGCGCGACGUCGAGGUCUACGGCUUCGACUACGACUACACCCUGGCCCAGUACUCGGACACGCUGCACCCGGAGAUCUUCAAUGCCGCCCGUGACAUCCUGGUUGAGCACUACAAGUACCCAGAGGGCAUUCGGAAGUAUGACUACAACCCCAGCUUUGCCAUCCGCGGCCUGCACUAUGAUAUUCAGAAGAGCCUUCUGAUGAAGAUUGACGCCUUCCAUUACGUGCAGCUGGGGACCGCCUACAGGGGCCUCCAGCCUGUGCCAGACGAAGAGGUGAUCGAGCUCUACGGGGGCACCCAGCACAUCCCCCUCUACCAGAUGAGCGGCUUCUAUGGCAAGGGCCCCUCCAUCAAGCAGUUCAUGGACAUCUUCUCGCUGCCAGAGAUGGCGCUGCUCUCCUGCGUGGUGGACCACUUCCUGGGCCACGGCCUGGAGUUUGACCAAGCGCACCUCUACAAGGAUGUGACAGAUGCCAUUCGGGACGUGCACGUGAAGGGCCUCAUGUACCAGUGGAUCGCGCGGGACAUGGAGAAGUACAUCCUGCGAGGGGACGAGACGUUCGCCGUGCUGAGCCGCCUGGUGGCCCACGGGAAGCAGCUGUUCCUCAUCACCAACAGCCCUUUCAGCUUCGUGGACAAGGGGAUGCGGCACAUGGUGGGUCCCGACUGGCGCCAGCUCUUUGACGUGGUCAUCGUCCAGGCGGACAAGCCCAGCUUCUUCACCGACCGACGCAAGCCUUUCAGGAAACUUGAUGAGAAGGGCUCACUGCACUGGGACCGCAUCACCCGCCUGGAGAAGGGCAAGAUCUACCGGCAGGGAAACCUGUUUGACUUCCUGCGGCUGACGGAGUGGCGCGGCCCCCGAGUGCUCUACUUCGGGGACCACCUCUACAGCGACCUGGCGGACCUCAUGCUGCGACACGGCUGGCGCACGGGUGCCAUCAUCCCCGAGCUGGAGCGCGAGAUCCGCAUCAUCAACACGGAGCAGUACAUGCACUCGCUGACGUGGCAGCAGGCGCUCACGGGGCUGCUGGAGCGCAUGCAGACCUACCAGGACGCCGAGUCGCGGCAGGUGCUGGCCGCCUGGAUGAAGGAGCGGCAGGAGCUGAGGUGAGUGGGGGGCCCGGGCAGGCGGCCCCGGCCUGCCCCCUGGAAGCCCCCCGAGUGCCCGUGUCUCCUCCGGCAGGUGCGUCACCAAGGCCCUGUUCAACGCCCAGUUUGGGAGCAUCUUCCGCACCUUCCACAACCCCACCUACUUCUCCCGGCGCCUCGUGCGCUUCUCCGACCUCUACAUGGCCUCCCUCAGCUGCCUGCUCAACUACCGCGUGGACUUCACCUUCUACCCGCGCCGCACGCCCCUGCAGCACGAGGCGCCGCUCUGGAUGGACCAGCUCUGCACGGGCUGCAUGAAGACGCCCUUCCUGGGGGACAUGGCGCACAUCCGCUGAGAGUACCUUUAUUGUCUGGACCAGGCCCCGCCCCACCUGUCCCGCCCUCUCCGGGCAAUAAAAGCCGUCUCCCUCGUG